AUGAAGGCUAUUGUAGAGUACACAUUAUUAAUCAUUUUAGGUGUGGAAAUUAUUAUAGCUAAUUUAGGAAAUGGAUUCAUAAUACUGGUGAACGUCAUGGACUGGAACAAAAGAAGAAAAAUCUCUUCAAUGGGUAAGAUCUUCACUGCUCUGGCCGUCUCCAGACUUGUUUUUGUGUGGUCACUACUCAUCGUUUUUUUGAUGUAUGAGAUGUACCCAUAUUUAGUGAUAACUGGAAACAGAUUGAGAACAAUUUAUUUUUCCUGGACAGUGGUCAAUCAUUUCAGCAUCUGGCUUGCUACAUGUCUCAGCAUCUUUUACUUGCUCAAGAUAGCCAACUUUUCAAAUUCUAUUUUUCUUUCCCUAAAGUGGAGAGUAAGAAAAGUUGUUUCAGUGACCCUGCUGGUGUCUCUUCUCUUCUUAUUUAUAAAUAUUAUAGUCAUAAACACGUAUAUUGUUAUCUGGAUUGAUGGAUCUAAAGAAAAUAUAUCCUACAGUUCUAGAUCAAAUGACUUUGCACAUUUUUAUAGGGUUUCUUUACUCACCAACACUGUAUUCACAUUCAUACCCUUCAUUGUGUCCUUGAUGACUUUUCUCCUUCUCAUCUUCUCUCUGUGGAGGCAUCUGAAGAACAUGCAGCAAAAUGUCAAAGGCUCCAGAGACCCCAGCACCACAGCCCACAUAAAGGCCCUGCAAAUGGUGGUCACCUUUCUGUUCCUAUAUACUAUUUUCUUUCUGGCACUUGUUAUGCAGUCUUGGAAAAGUAAGAUUCCGUAUAAAAAUUGGUUCAAUUUGUCUUUUGAGGUUAUAGCACUUGCUUUUCCCUCAGGCCACUCCUGUGUCCUAAUUUUGGGAAACACUAAGCUCAGACAGGCGUUACUGUCCAUGAUGCUGUGGAUGAGGUGCAGGUGCAGUGCUGCAGAACCCCCAGGGCCUUAG